AUGAGACAAGAGCACUUACACUACGCGGAAAUCGAGAGCUGGUUUCAAAAGAGCGUGUCAGCCGGAUCAGAUUUCCUCUUUGAUACCAAGCUCUACGAAAGAGAGUUGAACCGUCUGUGGGAUAAGUUCGAUGUUCCUUUCGAAGUAAGUGGGCGUUACAAGAGAGAAAGUAAUACGCUCAGCGAUACCUCUAACUCGAUCGUUAUCGUCGUUUAUCAGCUUUUGCAGUCGUUUCUGCGGAACGUACAUGUCAUCCAUGUUAAACGCCAAUCGUCAGCAAUCAAGAAAUCACUUGGUAAUUUGGCGGACAAAUACAUGGCCGGAUCAACAAUUGUGGAAUUGGCGAAGAAAGAAAACUUUCCUCCUUAUCUCUUGGCUCGAUGGAUGGUGGAAACCAUUACAUCGAUCAACAGCAGGUCGGCGUUGACAGAAGCGAUGCGGGAACCAGCAACCAUUUUGGACCCAAGCGUAAUUCUUCCCGAUUACAAAGAGUCCGAAAGCGUACGUCCCUCGUGCUCGUCCGACAGCUCAGUUCCAUCCCGAAUUUCCCUGGAAGUUCAAGAGGCAAUAAACGCGGACCCAAUGUACGGUCCUCUCCACGACAGAGAGCGUCACACUGUUGGUGUCGAGUUUGAGGUUGUACUGGAGCAUUUGUUGAGCACUCGCGGCUUGCCGUUCGAAUCUGAAGCCGAAUUGCGUAGUCGGGGGACCGCCAAGACACCUGACGUUUUACUCACUGCACCAUUGGGUGUACCGGUGCGGGACAAAGACGGCAACGAGGAAUGGAAGGUUGUGUGCUGGAUAGAUUCUAAGGCGCUCUUCGGCGAUGUACAAACGCAUCAAACUUCGGUGCUUCCCCAAGCUGAAACCUACCUGCACCGCUUUGGUCCCGGUAUGAUAAUUUAUUGGUUUGGUCACGCUCCUUUGGAACGACUAGAUGAUGCACAGGGGGACCUUGUCAUCCAGGGUUGGGAGCUUCCUACCCGACUCAUGCUGCCAACCGGCGACAUUGUCGAGCCGGAAGCGGCGCUCAUCACUUGAUGCAACUAGUGUGAACAUGUUGAUGCAGAGUCUUACAGACGCUUUCCCUACUUGGAUACAGAACGAUACACAUUUGACGCCGACUUGUUAGAAUGAGACUUUCGUUCGUUUCUACCCGGUAGAGUGACAAGUGUCGUCACUCUGUUAACAACACCGUCAAUUCAAAUUGAGAAAGUGGGCAAAGCCAAGCGAUAAUAGCAUCAAAACUCAAAAGGCUCUAGCUAGCUAGGAGCAGUCCUCCUUUGAGAAAGGCGGUAUUUUUGUGACUUUCUUCAUUUACAGUUAAUUUAGAAUUUCCGGGUACGUUUAUUG